GGCAGACACAGCAGACAACACCUCGCCCUUUCAACAUAUCUACAGCCUGCCUUUGCCUUAUCUUCCAUGAUUGAUCUGUCUGCCCUUCGUCUUUCUCCUUGAUGCCUUUUCCCUUUACUUAUCCUUCAUCCCACGCUUUUCAUGCUUCUCAUGGUCAGUCAUCCUUGAGAAUACUUCCUGCUCCCACAGCUUCAUCUACACUAUACGUUUCAACGGCUCCUCGGACGAAACGAAUCACAGACCGACGUCAGAUCAGGACAAACGACCUUGCUUUUGCGUAGUAAAUUCUUCCUCCAGCCACACUGACCACUUAUCACUUCAACCUCAGCUCAGUCUGAGUAACACAUGUUGAUCUAAGUCACACAGCCCUCCAGCAACAGCCGGAAGAGACCCUGGCGUGGCUUUACACCCAACAAAGUGCCCAUAACCCAACUCUUCCCCAACGAAUUUCCAGCAGGGCGGUGUUCCAAUAUCACAGUCAUGUCCAACCACGAUGGGGCGGGCGGACAACGAGGCGACACCGAAGAAGGAGACAUGGAAAAAGCCAUCAGAUUGUCUCUGGUUGACCAAGCCAAAAAAUCCAGCUGUCCGUCACGCAUUGUAGACAGUUCUCGCUUCCCACCUACAGAUCUGCUACUAAACCUCAACAACGAGUUCACGCCCCUGGAUGACCCGGAUGGUGAUACUGCCAUCUACAUCGGCCCACCCCCUGCCAAAGAGCCUGGCUUAAGCAAUUGGCAAUACAGCAGUAUCUGCAAGCACUUUGACCAGAUUCAUGUCGUUCAGUCCUCUCAUCUCAAGCGAAUGCCCCAAACUUCCAGGUUUACCGCCGAUGAUCUCCUCGGUCCACGGUCCAUUCGAAGCGAGAAAAGCCUAAGACGACUUGGAGUCCUCAACAUGGCCGAAAUCCGCCAUAAUGGGAGAUUCAAAUACUACAUCAACUUGCGUCUACCGACGGAAGGCGAAGAAGCGGUGGAGGCGAUCACCAAACUGAGCUGCACGAACGGCGUCCUGACCUGGCAUCAAUCUAGGCACAAGUAUGACCUACCCAUCCUUAGCGUCUGUGGCCAUGAUGCUCGUGAGAGGCGUCAUGAGCUAUUUGGCUUGGAGCCUACUUCGACCACUUCUUCGGUGCCCGAUGCUCAAGCCACCUCUCAGGACGACGAUUCUCAAGGUCGUUCCGGGAAAGUCGCGAUGGAGAAAGAACAAGUGCCAGAAUUCAAGGAGCCUCCUGCACCAAUCGGCCAGCAUUACUCUCAACUUCGUCAUUGCUCUGCCAUCGAGAGGCUACUCCAUGCCAUUUGUGGUAAUGAUCCCAAGCUCGACUCAGCGCCGAAGUUGUGGACAUUCUUUGCCGUUGCUCAAGAGUUUGGUUGUGCCGAGCAUGAGCGUAUUUCUGGCUGGAUCACUGCUUGGAUUUACAACGACACCAAUAUCAAUUUCAUCCAGAACAACCCGGAGGUGGCCUACCGGAUUGGCAUGGGCAUCAAGUCUCCUGACCUGGUUCGAGAUUCGUUUUCGAUUCUUGUGGGCGAACGAGCUCUCCUCUAUGCCUCGAGCCAACAACAGCCAGGUAGCUUUCCUUCCAACUUCAAGCGAAGCCUUCAUGGCCGCGAGUUUGAAGCACUCGACGAUGACGACUUAAAUCGCAUCGGUGCAGCUGCCUCAUCCUUGGUCGGACGAAUCCGCGAUGAAGUUCGCCUUCUGUGUCAAGAUCUGUCUUGGCUUCGAAAGAGCGAGGAAUAUGCAGCCCUCGAUGCAAUCCUACCUUACAAUCCCACAGAAGCAGAGCAUCUGAAAGCAGCCAAGCACAUCGUCAAGGACUAUGCCAGAACAGUCAUUGGCUAUGUUCUCUGCCAAGCUCAGGGCCUUUUCACCGAGCUGGAGCCGAAUCAGACCUAUGUGGACGUUUAUGACGGCCUCAAACUACCUGUCAGGUUGUUUACGAAGACCUUCUGGCUUACUUUAGCACAGGCUGAUUACGAGAUUGGGUUCCAAAACGUUGCUGAUGAAUGUAAAUCUGGUCUGAUCGGUGGCUCUGGGUUCAAAGAAGGGCUGGCGGUUCUCGGUAUGGAUGAAUCAGAAUACCCAACGAGCAUCCUGAAUCGCCCGACUUUCUACAACCAAAUCCAUGCCGUGAACCGAUUCUUGUUUAGACGCGAUGUUGUCAGUGGCAAGGGGAAAGAGGACUUCGAUCGGGUAUGCGGCUUUGGACAGGCGGGAUCUGAACAAAAGAAGCCGACCCCUGCCGAAGGUCUAUCACUGGGAGAUUUGACAAUUGAAAGUCCCAAGCACGGCUGUACCGAAUCAGGAUCAAACGCGGAAGAUGGCUCACCUUCGAAGCGGCGCAAAACUUUGGAGCCUGAUGAGACUACUCAAACUUCUGCUUACUCGACUGGUGUAAGUGUUCCUUCGAAGCAGAGACUUGGUGAUGAUUCGACUUGGCUGCCCAAGGAAUGGCUUCCUCAACCGGGCAAUGGCAACGCCUUUACUGCGGAUAAUCAUGCCGAUCUCGCCUUUCGACCAAAGCAAGAAGCCAGAGAGAGUCCAGCAAGAGGCAUUCUGACCCAUGUGAAGGACUUUAUGCAUAAUCGUCUCGGCUCUCCAAAAGUGCAAAUUAAGACCAGCCCCGCAGCCUCGACGACACAUUUGCUAGGGGCUGUCAUCGCAGAUCCUCUCGACUCAAGUCCAUUGAACUCCGAUUUCCAGGAGGAGACAGGCGAACCGUCGACUAGUGCAGGAAAACCAGCAGACAGUCCCCUUGCCACUCCAAAACCGAACAACCAGAAGGGAUUGCUCGAGGAUGGCAAUACAAACAGAGCGGGUGAGCAACAACCACAACGACAGCGUAAACCAUGCAUCCAUGACCCAGAACCGUCUGCACCUAUCUCAACUGUCCGCGGAGAGUUGACCUUCGGUACUACAGCAUGGUACAACCAAGGCCGAACUACCCCAGUCAAUCAGGAACGGCCCUACUACGAGCGCAUCAAGGCAUUCAAAUUGCUCAGCGAAAUCCACCAACAAAUCUCCAACAUAUCCAGCAACUUCCUAUAUCCGGCACACUUGUUCCACAAUGCUCUGUCCCUGCCGACGAAUUUGUUCGAUACAAUCCUGUGCCUGAACGCGAAUGAGUUCCGGUAUUUGCCGCUCUGGUGUCCGGACGGCAACGACGAUGGGACGGGCGGCGUGUUCGACGACCGGCCCUUUGACAUUGCUGAUCCAGCGACCUCGUUCCGCCCGGGCAAGAUUCGCAAGGGUUAUGAGGAAGAGGAUUCUGAUGGUGGUAGCGCAUUCGAAGACAUCGAGAGCCAGGCCAUUAGCACGGUGGGCAAGGCGAGCAAGCUUGCCACGGACGGGACUGAGACGGUCAAGAGUCUCGCAAGUAUCAGUGUCGGAGAGUCUGCUGACGCGGAGACGGUGAUUCUUGAUGAUGACGCCGGAAGUGUGGUGAGCUGCGGUGUGCAUAGCCACGACGGCAUGGAUGGUGUGGAUGAAGAUCUGGAUCUAGAUCUGGAGGCCGAGGACUCGGACGAUGCAAGUACGAUCAACGGCGACGUUGAUCAGCAGCGUGUUUCGGAGAGUCUGCGCAGUUUCCUUGGCGCAAGUGACGGUCGCGCAACCGAAGCUUGGAUCAGUGCUUCUGCUUCUGUAUCUUUACCAGGCAUGAUGGAAGAAGAGAGUCAUGGAAGUUCAAGUCCAAGACAAGACAACAGUACGGAAAAUGGCGAGGAGAAGGAUGCGAAAGCUCGUCCGUCCAAAGGAGAGGAGGACGACGAGGACGACGAGGUCGACGAACACGAACACGACGAGGAUGAUGAUGGCUUCGAGUGGCUUUGACCACCAACCUGACCUGGCUUCUCCUCGUAUCUCUGCUCGGAAACCGGUCAACUAUCGGCAGGGCGUCACGGCGAAGAGGUGGGUGGUAUUUACAUUCAUGAAAAUUGUGUGAGUAUAACGAGGCACCACAUUGGGAUGCGAAUUUUCCCCUCGAAUGCUUGAACGCAACAGCAAAAAAGGGGAGAAAGAAUGAGUGAAUGACGAGACGAAGUCCACAUACAUACAAAAUGAGAUACGAUAAAACGAAGGACGAGUGCUACAAGUUGCCUCAAAACAACACACAAAGCCUAGACGCCGUAGCAAAGGGACUGAUGGUAGCAAUAAUACUACAAUCUGAG